UCUGUUCUCGUUAGCCGCCACCGCAGAACCCGAACAGAACACCACCCUAGCACAUCGGCCAGGCACGCAGGCGGCCAUGGCGGCGGCGAACGCGGGGGACGUGGAGGUGGUCGACUUCGACUCCGAUGACGACGACCUCAUGGACGACGAUGCCCCCGAGGCCAACCCGGCCCCGGCCGCCCCGCGCCUCCGCUCCACCAUCGCCGCCGGUGGGGACUCCGCCGCCGCCACGCGCAAGACCAAGGGCCGCGGAUUCCGCGAGGAGCCUUCCUCCUCGCGCCCCCUAGCCGGCCGCGCCGACUUCGACUCCCUCGGCUCCGACGACGGCCCCGGACCUCUCAGAUCUAUUGAGGGGUGGAUUAUUUUGGUAACUGGCGUUCAUGAAGAAGCACAGGAGGAUGACCUCCAUAAUGCUUUCCGGGAAUUUGGGCAGGUCAAGAACCUGCAUUUGAAUUUAGAUCGUCGUACUGGGUUUGUCAAAGGAUAUGCUUUGAUUGAAUAUGAGAGCUUUGACGAAGCCCAGGCUGCAAUAAAAGCAAUGGACAGAACUGAGCUUGUUACACAGAUAAUAAAUGUUGACUGGGCAUUUAGUAGUGGUCCAGUCAAGCGAAAAAAUGUUCGCAGGAGAUCAAGGAGUCCUGUCAAUAUCAGGAGAAGAUAUUGAGCUUGCUUUCUCCUUGUCAUAAGGAGCGUUUGUGUGAUGAAACCUGAGCUUGCUUUCUCUACCUUGUCAUAAGGAGCGCUUGUGUGAUGAAAAAUUGUCGGAUUUUCAAGCUUUCCUUUCCUUAUUUUGCGAGUGAAGUUUGAUGCAUGAUGGUUUCCUAUAUGUUUCCAACUACCAUGUCGUAUGACUGUUGUAUCUCAUUUCCUGUUUCCUUUUGGUUUUGAUGUAUUUGGUGUGUUUGUUCAAACAUGCCAUGAGCACAAAGUCACGGAUUGUAAUUGUGAUCUAUGAUACUCAGGAAUGGAUCAUGGAUCCUUGAACUUGUAUGCUAUCUUUGGUACCGCAGGCU